CUUGUCUUCAAUCGACAGAGUCGUGUAGUGUCGGUGACAAUUUCAUGUGUUGGUGGAGAUUCUUUCAAGUGGCUCUCCUCCCCUAUCAUGGGAGGAUCUCCUCCAAAGUACUAUGUAAAUUUGAGAUUGAUUCAUGGAGUAUUGUCCUGUGGCUUGACAGAGACAGAAUACACAAGUUUCUGUCAAGCAGCCAACAUCGGGUCAGAGGGAGAAAAGACCUCCGACACAGUCUUGAAAAAGCUCAGUUACUUGACAGUCAUGAAGAGGGUCUCCAAUGAGUCGAUGUUGGCUACUCAAGAACAAGUGAAGAGUAACCCUGCAUAUGCUGUGAAUGGAGAGUGAGUUAUAACAGAUGCAAGGCAUGAUUCCAGUCGAUCAACAGCACACACAACAGUGUCAGCCCUUUCUUUCUGGUAAGAUGGUUUCUACUUGAUCUCUUUGUAUGAUAUGUUGAACCUCUGGUAUGUUCAACACAAGGUGUUAGCAGUUGUCAACUGGAGUAGGGCCAAUGAAACUUCAGCAGUAAGCUGUGAGGUCCCUAUGACAAAAGAGCUGCUGACUUAUCUCUCUGAGACACAAGGGUUCCAUGUUGCAGAGGUGGCAUAUGACUUUGUAUUACAGCUAAAAACAUGGAUCUUGUCAAAAGGAAUGCUUAAUUCCUUUGACUCUUGGCAUGGUGCAAAGUCUGUGACUAAAGCAAUGAAGGAAGUUGCCUCAGGGGCCCAGAGGGAUGAGGGCUCAAAGUGGUUUUUUGAAUUGUUAGACAAAGUGAAAAGUACAAGGACUCUUGUAUACUUCUGCAUGAAGAACAGUCCACCCAAUGAAGAAGAAUUUCAGGGUACACUGUUGAAUGUAGUUGACCAUUACCAGGGAAAUCAUGUCAGAUGCCAUGCAGAGUCACGGUGCAAGCAGAAUGGCUAUGUGAUGAGCAAAAAACUUUUAACUAAACCUGAAGUAGUAGCUGCAUGCAGGGAAGCCAUUAUGGGCACUUCAAUUUAUAGGCAUGCAUCGGACUACAUGCGGUGCAGGGAAACAUAUUGGAUUGAGUCUCUCCAUUCAGUGAUGCUCAUUUAUGCUGCAAAGCGGAUUCAUUAUGGGGAUGACACAUACAACAUGUGCAUGGAGUUAGCCAUUCUUGAUUGGAAUGAAAAUGUGAAUCGAGAAGCAUCGUCUCUACAGAUGUACCAACAUACCAGGCAUCCAAACCGCUUGGCAGAGACCAGGGUGCUUACUUCAAAGACAUUUAAUUUCAGAGAAACUAUCUGGUCUACCUUUUUUAAUAUAAACAAAUGAUGUCUCUUCUGUUUUCCAUUGCACCACAGUUUCUGUGAUAAUUACAACUAGGAGCCCAAAUGUUCAGUAUUAAUAUGUGAGGUCAUUAGGGAGGACCAAUUCUAACAACUGCUGGUACCAAGCAAUGAAAACAUGAAUAUUAGGUUUGACACAAGGUAUUUCCAAGCAGACUCAUUCUCUGUUUCCUCCUGUUACUUUUCUUUGCACUGUAUAUUUUUUCCUAACCUAUAGGAAAGUCACUAUAAUUUGCUGUGUGGACAUUGUAAAAUGGACCAUAAAAAAAAAAAAAAUUGGGUAC